AUGGGCUCGACGCAAUUUGGGAAUUUCGGCAAUUUCUGUCGCGAUUCCACGCUCCCGGUGUGCAACUUGCUCACCAACAGCCACGACCAGACCGGAGGAUGGGGCGGCUGCGAACUCACGGGCAUUCCACUGAGCGGCGGGAGAAGGCUGGGAAACCUGGGGUCGAUACUACUAUGUGGCAUCGCAAUUGCUACGGCCAUCUACCUAAUUCUGCGCUCUGAGCGCAAAAAGGCGGCUGUCGGAAGGAGGGAAAUGCAAUUAUUCCUCGUCGGUUAUAUCGUAAUUUCAAUCUGCGAAAUCUUCACGGUCGGAGAGUUCCCGCUAAGCUCGACGGUUCGGAUAGCCUUCACUGGUAUCCACAUCGGCUUCAUCAUUGCGACCACCUGGAUGCUGAUGCUCAACGCCGUCGUCGGGUACCAAAUUCAUCGACGACGGUACGCCACUGUCGCUCGGCCUCAUCCUGGCAUCUGCAACCGCAAGUUCCAGUCGAGCUACGAAGGCCCCAAUUACCGAAACAUUGCGCUGUACGUGCUGUACCAGCUGGCACCAUUGAUAUUCCUCGUCGCCUUCUACGUCCUCGAAACCGUCCUGGUCUUACGAGUGCUGGGCGAGACAAGGCCCAUGGUCUACCUCACUCUGGCCGCUGUCCUCUUUGCACUUGGCCAAAUCUUCAACUACGCGAUUAGCCCGCACAUCUGCAACGGAACCGACGGCAAGAUCGAUGGCGCAUUGUUCCAGACCCUCUUUACUCUACUUUCGGUGGUCAUGGUCUGGGUUUUCUGGUCCUCUAUCACGGAAGAUGACUGGCCCAUGCCUGCCAGCUAUCCAUAG